ACCGAAGAGGGGUGCAACCGUGGGGACGCUGGAACAAACAAGUUUUUCUCUCCAGCCUGGAGAGCUCCAACGUGGCCGAGAACUCCGAGCCGGAAAUGGAAGUGACGUCACGAUCAGUGACCCCCCCUUUUCUCCGAGCUCGGAGACCUUCUCGGCGUUCGUCCGAGGGCUCUCCACGCAGCUCGAGCCCGUGUAAAGUAACUUUCGUGGGAUUGUUUCCCUCCCCAGAAAGAAUAGAUUUUUCCGCCAUUGGCAUCACAUUGAGGCGCUGCAUUUUCCAUUCUUGGACCCGGGCGAUUCUGUUUUGGGGCAGCCGAGCUUUGGACUUCUAGAUCUUUACAGAACAGAAUAUUUUCUGUGUCCUUCCCUGCUCUGCUCAUGCCUCCUACAGGAAUAGGACUUCCUAAUAAUUUGAUGAAAGAAUUAAAGAAUAAGCCAGACCUGAAAUAAACCAGUACCUCCAGUACCUCCAGUAAAUGAAAUAGACGAGGACUCCAUAUAACCCUGUAUUCAGAGGAAUGGAGAUUGCCUCUGUCCACUUAGAUUCAUAAGCUGUCCCGAAGUGAUCUUGGCAUCAGGGAAGGGAGUGUUCAGGCACAUUUCACCAUCAGCAUCACGGGAUGGCAGCCAUUGAUUUGUCCCAUGGCCUUCUUUCUAGAGAGCCUAUCUACGUCUACGAAGCAAACAUAGAGGUAGAAGGGACCGGGAUUGACAACCAGGCAAACUGUUACCAGGAUUCAGUGACGUUCGAUGAUGUGGCUGUGGAGUUCACCCCGGAUGAGUGGACCUUGCUGGACCUGACUCAGAAGAAUCUGUACCGAGAGGUCAUGCUGGAGAACUACGAGAACUUGACUUCAGUAGGAUGUCAGUUCUUCAUUCCUAGUCUCACCCCCUGGUUAAAACAAGAAGAGUUGGGGGCAGCGGAGAGUGCCGUUCCUCAGCAAUUGGAACUACAGCCUACAAUUGACGAAUCAGAACUUGAGAAUUAUUUUAGGAUGCAAAGUUCCAGUGCAACCGAAAUGGUGGGUGAUCCGUCCCUUCACGAGCAGUCAGGAAACCACAGUGAAGGGGACCUAUGUGACUCUAAGCCAUGUGGAAAUGUGUUGGGUGAGCAAUUAUGCCUUAACACAGAGGUGAACAUGCAAAGCCAAGGAUUCAGUUCUGAGUGUAACUGGUAUGGGAAAGACAUCCUUUCUUUGCUCAAGGAAACCUCUACUGGACAGAACGUUUCUGAGCUUAAUCAGUGUGGCAAGCUCUUCAGUCUGACUCCAAACAUCAUGUACCCGAGCACUAGCACAAACGAGAAGCCCUUUGAAUGCACAGACUGUGAGACAGCCUUUUUUAAUCAGUCUUACUUUCAGCCAGACAUGAGGCCUCACAAUGGAGGAGAACCCUAUGACUGGAGUAAAUACGGGAAUGGUUUUAUUCAUCCUACAAGCCUUGCUAUGCAUCUUCCAAUUCUCAAUGCAAGAAACCCCUACAAAUUUGAGGAUUGUGGAAAGGACUUUCAGUAUUUUGCAUGCCUUAAUAAUCCCAUGGGAAUGUGCACUGGAGAAAAAUUCUGUGACUGCAAGGAAUGUUGGAAAGCCUUCACGGUUUCCUCACACCUAACUCAAUAUGUAUCGAUUCAUACUGAAGAAAAAUCCAAAGUAUGUAAGAUAUGUGGGAAGUCCUUUGCUAAUUAUUCUCGACUUUCUGCACACGUAAAAACUCAUAAUGAAGAAAAGCCCUUUGUAUGUAAGGAGUGUGGAAAGGCCUUUAAAAAUAUGUCAUACCUUAAUGAUCACGUUAGAAUUCACACUGGAAUAAAAUCAUACAAAUGUAUGGAAUGUGGGAAAGCCUUCCUUCGAUGGUCAGGCCUUACUGAACACAUACGAGUUCACACUGGGGAAAAGCCUUAUGAAUGUAAGGAAUGCGGGAAAACCUUUUCUAGAUCUACUCAGCUCACUGAACACAUACGAACACACACUGGAAUCAAACCUUAUGAAUGUAAGGAAUGUGGGAAAGCCUUCACUCAGUACUCAGGCCUUGCCACACACGUGCGAAUCCAUAGUGGAGAAAAGCCCUUUGCAUGUAAGGAGUGUGGGAAGGCCUUUACCAGGACCUCUGGCCUGAUUCAUCAUGUGAGAACGCACACAGGAGAGAAGCCUUUUGAAUGUGUGCAUUGUGGGAAAACCUUCAUUACUUCCUCCCAUCGCACUAAACAUCUGAAAAUCCACAGUGGCGAGAAGCCCUUUGUGUGUAACAUAUGUGGGAAAGCAUUCAUAUAUUCUACAUCCCUUAACAUUCACAUGCGGACCCACACUGGAGAGAAGCCCUAUAUAUGUAAGCAGUGUGGGAAGGCCUUCGCUGUUUACUCUCGCUUGAGGAAACAUAGCAGAGUCCACACUGACGAGAAGCCCUUUCAAUGUGAGGGUGUGAGUGUUGCUAUUUAGCCCAUCUGUUGCCACCUUUAAAUGUUGACAGUGACACCAAAGAUCAUCAGGUUAGUCUUAACUGCCGUGUGUGGGUUCUAGGGCUCGCACUGGCCGUAGACACCAUCCUAAUUUUAUGAAAUAGGAUAUUUAGGCUCCCCUCAAACUUUUCUUCUUUUGGAUAGUGCUGAGGAUUGACCUCUAGAGCAUCACUCAUGCUAGGCUAGCAUGCAAUCACUGAGCUGCGUUUUCCAGGUGCCCUGGAACCUUUUUAUGGAUAUCUGAGUCUGAGCAUCUGUGGGUCACAAGUGAGGCCAAUCUCCUAGGUGGCCUCAUUCGGAUGCUUGACUCUUCGUGAUCAUAACAUUUCUAAAUGCUAUGAAAUAAAACAGAUUUGAUUUUUUUUUUUAUUUUAUUUUAUUUUUUUUUUUGGUUAAUGGCUGCCAGUGUGGCUUGUCAAUGUGAAAAUGCAUCACAAGCCAAGAUAACACAGGACUGUGGAAAGACUCCUAGGCAACUACUCCGAGCCCAUUGAUUCUGAGAGCAUGCCAAGAAAUAGUUCCUAUCUGUUCUUAAUAGCUAGUCUAUUUACAGAUGGUAACCCUGUGAUCCUUUAUAAAAUUCAAAUCGUCCACUGUGUCCCCAUCAUUUGGAUCCAUUUUGGAUUGAGGUGACAGGAACUGACCAUAUUCCUCAGAUUGGUUGAGAUUGAUGAUCUGAGGCUAGAACUGAGGGCCUUGUGGAUGCUAGGCAAGGACUUGGCCACUCGGCUGCAUUGCUAGCUGGCCUAGUCUCUAGUACAGAUUUCUCAGUUAUUGUAAUGUGGAAGGGUUGAGAGUUUUUUAAGUACAGUUUCUUCUUAGCUUCAGUGUUCUUCCCUUACAUAUUUUACUAAGAGCACUCAGGAGGAACCAAGUUGCUCCUUUUGAACUCUUUAAUUACAAAUAAAUUUUUGAUUCUAUCACUUGCAAGUUCUAACUUCCAUACAAAAUGCUAGAGUACAGAUCUGCUUGGCUCAGUAUCAGUACAUAUCACUGAUUGGUUUUUCUUUGUGUUCUUCCUUAACUAAGGGAGUCCUCACCAGAACAGCCUCUUCCUGUCACUCAGUUUCAAGGCUGCUUGCAAGUGUUUAAGUGUUUUUGUUUUUGUUUUUAAAACUGCACUGCCACAGUACCACAAAACACCAUAGCUAGCUAGCACUGGCAAAUUGCUCAGAAGAUAAAGGUGCUUGUGAGCAGGAACUGAGUUUGAUCCCAGGGACCUACACAGUCAAAGGAGAGCACAGAUGCUACACAUUAGUCUCUACUUAUGCAUGCAUACCACACUUGCACACACAUGUAUACACCAUAAAUAUAACACAAAACAGCAUAAACCAAGGUGCUUUAAAAGUUCCCUUUAAGAGAAACAAAAUUUUAGGUUAGCAUAGUAUUGGGUUUUAUUAUGGCAUUUUCGUAUCUAUAGAUCAUAGUACUUCUCGUUAGCUUACCACUUUUGGAUAAAAUUUUAGGGCUGCAGGUUCGCUCAGUGGUCAUAGUCUUUCCCUAGCAUAAGGAUAGCUAGUUUUCACCUCCUGCAGUGAACCAUAUAAGGCAAUUUAUUUUCUCACACAACAAUAACAGCAUGGGAGCUAGUGAAAUGGUUCAGAGGACAAAGCUCUUGCCCUGCAAACAUGAGGACCAGAGUUUGUUUUCUCAGAACCUGUCUUAAGUGCCAGGUGGCCAUGGAGGCCGCCUAUAAUCCCAGUGCUUGGGAGGAAGGUGGGACUCCUCAGGAGAUUUGGUGGUUAGGUUAUUUGACUCCACGAGCUUUGGGUUCAGCAAGAGACCCUGCUUCAGUAAAUAAAACGGAAAGUGAUCGGGGGAAACCUGGCAUUACCUUCUGGAUUCCACAUGCCACUUGCAAAUGUGGAAACACUAACAUGCACAAGCACACACGUGAAAACAAACUAACAGCAUGUUUGGCUUCUGGAGGAGACUCGUCCUGGCAUGCACUCACUUUCAUGUGACAAAGCCUGAAAAUGAGGAUUUUUUUUUU